AACUCAUGUUUUCCACACUUUCUCUCGUUUCAGCUUCAUGUUUCCUGGCCUCGGUCCUCAGGGUAUGAUUCCCAUGCAACAGCAAGGCUUCCCAGUGGUGUCCGUUAUGCAGCCCAAUUUGCAAGGGAUUAUGGGAAUGAACUAUGGCACUCCGUUACCUCCUGGAACUAUGACCAUGCAGGGUGGCAUGCCUCUGGGUCACAUGCAGACGGCUGGAAUGCCUUACAUGGGGCAGGCUCCCUUCCUUGGAAUGCGCCCAGCAGCUCCUCCCUACACCCCUGACAUGCAGAAGCAAUUUGCUGAAGAGCAGCAGAAACGAUAUGAACACCAGCAAAAGUUUUUGGAAGAGGAAAGGAAAAGGCGCCAGUUUGAAGAGCAGAAGCAAAAGCUACGGCUUUUAAGCAGCGUGAAACCAAAGAUGGGCGAGAAAAGCAGAGAUGAUGCACUGGAAGCCAUCAAAGGGAACUUGGAUGGGUUUUCCAGAGAUGCUAAACUCCACCCCACCCCUACAUCACAUCCAAAAACUGCAGAUCACCCCACGCCAUCCCAUUCUACUGUGUCUGUCUCCCAUACCCCUGCUUUUCUCGAUGACGACGACGAGUUUAGUGACUUUAUACAGGGUCCUGUUGAAACCCUGUCAUUUGUGCCUCCAACCUCUUCCCAGCCUUUUCCAUCUUGCCAUCCUUCCCAGACUGGGCAGCGGCUUUCAGAGAAGGCUGUGGCCCAGACACUCCCUUCCGUCCAGAUUCCUGUGUCCUCCAUCCUCCAUGGUGCCAUGGGGCAGGUUCCUUGUUUCUCUGCUUCUCCAGCUUCACAAAACACUCAGACAACAACAGGCCCUUCCUUGGAGGAGAAGCUCCUGCCAGCUGGUGGGUUGAGUGAAUUUGGGCAAACUUGGGCCAAAGCUAAAACUCCGGGAGCUCAGCUCGGUGCUGCAGCCUUGGCUGUACAUUGCACUGAUCCCGGGUUAGCAGCCAGUCCCUGGAAGUCUGGAGGGGAGCUUCCAAGCAGCACCCCCAGUCCAGAGGCAAACAAGGCUUCAGAACAAAACUUGUCAGUUGAAGAGCGUGGUGUUGGAGUAUUUCCCUCACAGGAUCCUAUCCAGCCGUUGAUGCCCCCCUGGAUUUACAAUGAUAAUUUAGUUCCAGAUUUGUACAAGAAAAUUCUAGAAACCACUAUGACCCCUACUGGGAUUGACACCGGCAAACUGUAUCCCAUCCUGAUGUCUUCUGGGCUGCCCAGGGAGACUCUCGGACAAAUAUGGGCCUUAGCGAAUCGCACGACUCCUGGGAAGCUGACAAAAGAAGAGCUGUAUACCGUUCUGGCCAUGAUAGCUUUAACUCAGAGAGGCGUCCCGGCCAUGAGCCCUGAUGGUUUAAAUCAGUUUUCUUCUGCCCCAAUCCCAACGUUAAGUGGGCUUCCCGUGGCCAUCUCUGCCCCAGUGAGCCAACAGCCUAUGAUGCCACCUGGGCCACCAGUUUCCCUGCCUCUUAGUAUGGGGCCACCUGUCAUGGGGCUCAGCAUGGCUGCACCAGUGGGUGGAACGGCAGCGCAGGCUAGUUCUGGCACCUUCAUGCCCUCUUACCCUGCAAACCAGGCAGCCAAACCGGAUGAUGAUGAUUUUCAAGAUUUCCAAGAUGCUUCUAAAUCAGGUGGCCUUGAUGAUACCUUUACGGAUUUCCAAGCAGAGGCGCCUGGAUCAAACAAAAUGAUUCCUAACCACAGCAGGAGCAGCACUUCUUCGAUGCUGAUCCCACUGUCAGGCACACGCAUGCCACCCACUGUGGACAAGUACGCUGCCUUUAAAGGGAUUUCCUCUGACAAGCCCGCUGAAGGCCCACCUUCCCUUGGAGUAGAUAAUGGAGACAAAUACAGUGCAUUCCGAGAGCUGGAACAACCAUCUGAGAGUAAACCUGGAGGAGACAGCUUUGCAGAAUUCAAGUCCGCAGGAGCAGAUGAUGGCUUCACAGAUUUCAAAACGGCCGACAGCAUCUCGCCGCUAGACCCGCCAACAAAGGAUAAACUUUUUCCUCCCCCUUCUUUACCUACACAGUUGAAGCCACAGCCCCAAGCAAAGCCUCCGCUGAAUCUGGCCGACUUGGAUCUGUUUUCCUCAGCCUCUGCCGGAGAGAACAGACCCCUUGGUUUUCCAACUGUUUACACUUCCCCCAAACCAGCAUCUUUCCCUGCGCCACCGGCCCCAACGUCUGCUGUGACCACUGCUCUGCCCGGACCCAUCAACAGCUCUGUUCUGGCUGAUGACUUUGCUGAUUUCAACCUAUUUGGGGGAUUGUCGAAUUGUACCACGACGACCACUCAGGACGAGUUUGCAGACUUUAUGGCUUUCAAUAACAGUGCCGGCUCUUCUGAUCAUCUGCCAGAGGACAAAUGCAACCCACCCAAACCGGAUGGCAGCCCUCUUCCUCCAGCUGGCUCUUCAGCCGGUGCCGUGAAGAGUGGACAAAGCCCUGCCACCACUUCCACCAAAUACGACAUCUUCAAACAGCUGUCUCUGGAUGGCCCCAGCUUAGGCUUUGACGAACUGAAAGACCACACCCCUUCGUCCGUGAGGAGCGAGGAUGACUUUGCCGACUUCCACUCCAACAAGUUCUCGUCUAGUUCUGAAAAAUCCCUGGUGGACAAACUGGCCGCCUUCAAGCACGCCAAAGAGGACUCGGCCUCCGUCAAAUCCUUGGACCUCCCGUCCAUCGGGGGCAGCAGCGUGGGCAAGGAAGACUCGGAAGACGCCCUUUCCGUCCAGUUUGACAUGAAACUGGCGGAUGUGGGAGGAGACCUUAAGCAUGUCAUGUCUGAUAGCUCUUUGGAUUUGCCAACCAUUAGUGGCCAACAUCCUCCGGCAGCAGAUCUUGAUGACAUAAAGUGUCCACCGUUUGGAAGUUACAGCAGUAGCUCUGCUCUGAGCAGCUUUCCAAGCUACGACUGGCCUGACAAAGAAGACACCUAUCAGAGCAAGAAGUCUACCUCCUUCCUUCCUCCACCAGGACAUGGGUCCUCCUUGGCUACCUCUGUUCUCCAGAAGAAAGAGACCUUUUUCGGCAGCUCGGAAAACAUCACCAUGACUACCGUUUCCAAAGUGACGACUUUUACGGGCGAGGAUGCUUUUCAGGACAUGAAGUUCUCGCCCUUUGCUCCCUUCAGAGAUUCUUCUGACCUUCAGUCUAUAGACCAAAGCGACGAAGAUGUUGAAGAGUUUGGGAAAUUUGCAAGACCUUUGGGGGAGAUGCGUGACAGCCCUGUCCCAGGCACAGCCCAAGAGGCCAGCUCUUCCAGUGUCUCUUUGGAAGCCACCAGAGAAAGCCCAAAUGAUUUUGGCGAGUUUCAGAGUGAAAAGCCCAAAAUUAGUAAAUUUGACUUCUUACUGGCGACGACCCAAGGCAAGAUGAAGUCCAGUGAAGAAAUGAUCAAGAGUGAGCUUGCAACCUUUGACCUCUCUGUUCAAGGAUCCCACAAAAGGAGCUUGAGCUUGGGGGACAAAGAAAUAAGUCGCUCCUCACCUUUGCCACCGCUGGAGCAGCCAUUCCGAGAUCGCUCAAAUACCCUAAGCGAGAAGCCCGCCCUGCCAGUCAUCAGAGACAAAUAUAAAGAUCUAACCGGGGAAGUAGAGGAAAGCGAGAGGUAUGCCUACGAGUGGCAGAGGUGCUUGGAAAGUGCUCUCCAAAUCAUCAAGAAGGCAAAUGACACCCUGAAUGGAAUCAGCAGUUCAUCUGUAUGCACAGAAGUAAUUCAGUCUGCACAAGGCAUGGAAUAUUUGUUAGGAGUCGUUGAGGUCUAUCGAGUCACAAAACGGGUUGAGCUGGGCAUCAAAGCCACCGCAGUCUGUAGCGAGAAGCUCCAGGGCCUGCUGAAGGACAUUGAUAAAGUGUGGAACAACCUGAUCAGCUUCAUGUCACUGGCAGCGUUAACGCCGGACGAAAACUCGCUGGAUUUUUCCUCUUGCAUGCUUCGCCCUGGAAUUAAAAAUGCACAAGGCCUGGCCUGUGGCGUCUGCCUCUUAAAUGUAAAUUCUAGAAGCAAAAAAGAAGAGAAACCUGCGGAUGACCCUCCUAGAGAAGCUUUUAACUCUGAAACGGACAAUUUCAAGCUUGCCUACGGAGGCCACCAGUACCACGCCAGCUGCGCCAACUUCUGGAUCAAUUGUGUGGAGCCCAAACCCCCGGGUCUCAUUCUGCCUGACCUUCUUUAAGCAGACUUCCGUUGACUUUGUUCUCAGCCUUUGUAGGGCAACCGUACACUGGAGA